UGAUACCACAGCGAGUCGUGGUGUUUCGGUACCGCCAGGUUUCGGGAAUGAUGCCCGUGUUUUAAUGGACCAGUCAUGACGCCCGUUACGUGAAGCUAGCUUGCAACGUCGCUGUGUUUAAUAACGGAGUUAGUGAAGAUAUCACGGAAUUUGAAUUGUUCCUAGGACGUUGAACGUGAUUCUCAGGCACUUCUAUCCAGGGAAUAUGGACCCUACAUGUUUGUACACGCUGUUGGCCGAAACCACAACGCUGGAGGAUUCCGGAAGUUGGCGGUGUGAGCUAGUCAACCCAUUUGGUUGUACUUCCACUACAUGCCAUGUGAAAGUGUUCGAUCCGGAUCGUGACGUGAAUGUGGCUGUUCAGGAACUUCCAGUGUGGAGCGAGCCGCUGGGGAACACGGAAGCGGCCGAGGAUUCCACAGUAGACCUCAUCACCUGCACUACUGACAAAGGGGAGCUUCGCGUGAAGUGGUUUCGUAACGAUAUACCUUUAGACGACUUCAGUCCGGACUGUGAACGUUUUGUGAAAACGUCAUCAGAAGGUGUACACACGUUGACGAUAAAGCGCGUGAAAAAACGAGACGCGGGAAUAUUCAAGUGCAAAGUCAGUAACGACGUUGGGUGGAUAUCAUGCGACGCCAAGUUCAUAGUGAACGCAAACUCAGUAAUUCCUUACAAUGACAUAGAAAACGCCUUUCCGGUGACGCGGCUCAUUCUGGAGCAGCGGAAGGAGUCCGUGACGUCACUUGAGCGCGAGGUGGAGCUCCUUAGCCACGACCUAUGCGAUACGGCGGCCAUCCAGAAGUUCAUGCUCAAGUGGAAGGUUGAUCGGGACACACCUCUUCACUUCCCUAUCCAUCUAAAGAGCAGAUGUGCGGUGGAGGGAACGAUGGCGGUCCUCAGCUGCCUGGUGGCCGGGGAGCCGCCUUACAAGGUCCGCUGGUUAAAGGGCUCCACCGAGAUCUUCGAGAGUAGUACGCACUAUAUUGACCAACGUGGGCCAAUGUUGAGCCUGACGCUGCCAAGCUGCGCCGAGCAGGACACAGGAAACUACACGUGCACCGUGCGCAACCGCGGCUCCAAAGUGUCCUCUACAUGCUACCUUCAAGUCGAACCCGUGUGGGAGAUCACGAACGAGGUUCCGGUAAAGCCGAUGUUCAUGGACGGCCUGAAGCGACAGACACUCAACGAGGGCGACAUGAUCGUACUCCGUGUCCAGGCAACCGGAAGUCCCAAGCCAGGCUUUAAGUGGUACAAGGACGGUCUGGAGCUGAACGACAGUGAGCGUGUACAGACGGAAGUGUCAAAGAAGGGGCAUGCGCAGUUGGUGAUCGCAUACGCCAGUUACCUUGACAACGGGCUGUACACAUGCGAGGCCCACAACUUCGCCGGGCGCGCGCAGACAAUGUGCAACGUAAGGGUGAGAGAUCUGUUUGAAAUGGAAUUACUAAGGGAAAGGGAAUACACAUACACCGAAGUAAAGACCGAGGCUGAUACCAAUAUUGUUAAUGGUGACAGCGAAACAAACGACGGUGUUGAUGCCCCUGUAUACUCUACCCGCCAGGAGAGUGGCAUUUUCGAGCACGCGCCUUCGUUCCGCUUUCAGUUACCGAAGCAACUAACGGUGAGCGGCCGGGAACGCUUCUGUCUGGAGGUAUGCUGUGGAGGCAAUCCGAGGCCCACCGUGCGCUGGUUCAAGGAAGAACGACAGCUGUAUGAGGGAGAAAACUACAAUUUCCUGUACAUGGGGGACUGGGCGGGGCUAGAAAUCAUCGACCCCAUUCCCCGGGACGCCGGAAAAUACACUGUCAAGAUAUAUAACGACAUGGGUACAGUGACAUCAUCGUGUGACGUCACUAUGGACCUCCCGCUCGUGGAGGGCAAGGAUAUACCGACGCCCACAAUUGAGGCUAUAGAAGAACUGAAGCAAACUGUUAUGAAAGAACUCCCAGUAUCUGAGCAAAUAGUUGAGGACAACUUACCAGUCGCAGAAAUUGUUCCCAGUUAUCACUUAUGCAAUACAGAGGCUGACUGGACAACCCACAUAGAGAAAGAGGUGGAGGUGAUUGACGCGGACGAGGCUCCCAGCUUCCCACACGCGCUUCCACAGACGCUCAGCCCGCACGAGAACGACGAGUACGUGCACAUCGAGUGCCAGGUCCGCGGGGAACCCAUGCCCCAAACUGUUUGGCUAAAAGACGACAAGGAUAUUCCAGAAGGUGAUAAUAUCCACUGUUCCAUGGACCCGAAAACUAGGAUUGCCUCCCUUGUAAUCGAUAAAGCCACAAUCAAUGACAGCGGAAAGUAUGCGUGUGUGGCGUAUUCAGAGACGGGUGGCCAUGCUUCCACAGUUUGUGACAUACAAGUUUUACCCAUGGAAAUGACAUUCGUGGACAGCGAGUGCGAGGUGUCCUCUGCCAAGCGGCUGGUACCAGAGUUCAAAGUCGCCCUCACUGACCUUGAGACAACACAGGGCUCAGAGGUCAAACUCGAGUGCGUGGCAGAAGGCUUUCCCGUGCCCAAGGUCAAAUGGUACAAGAAUGAAACACCAAUCGAGCCCACAAUUGGCAAAUACACAAUAACGAGCAGCGUGGAGGGAAGCCACUCGCUGAUCAUAGCAAGCAUGCACGUGUCAGACGCGGACUGCUACAGAUGCGAGGCGGUGAAUGAGGUCGGCUCCGUCCAGUCCAGUGCGCACGUAGUAGUACAGGAACAGUCUGAGAUCGACAGGUCCGCCGGCCAGGAGCCUCAUUUCGCGAAUCCCCUGCACAGCGUUACCGGGGACGAAGGGGAGACGGUAGUUCUCUCUUGUUUAGCCAAUGGAGAACCCAUCCCCGUUAUCACAUGGCGUCGGGGUGACGUAGAGCUGAAAAGUGGCGACAGGAUCGAGAUAUCUUGCGAGGGAGGGGCGAGUUCUCUCACAGUCCGCGGUCUCGUUCCAAACGACGGGGGUCUGUACAUCUGCUGCGCGAAGAACGCUAACGGACGAGUGGAAUCGUCUGCUUGUCUCAAAGUUAGAGAAAAAUCAAAAACUGUUCCGGAUGAGCCAAAUGCAGUGAUGAUCAGCAAGGAGCGAACGCCAGUUCAAGAGGAAGGAAAUCAGAAGUCAGAAAAUCCAGAAGAGGUUUCAAUGGAAACUAAACCAAAGCACGAAGGCAAUAAGGCUGUCAUAGGAGAUCUGAUCAGUGUAAAGACAGAAGAAAAUGUUGAACACAUCAAUAUGGAAACUAAGUCGACAGUUAUAGCCGAGACUAUCGGAAGUGCGGCGCCGGGACUUCUUUUCGACUUCAAGCGGAUGCCAAAGGUGGUCACACAGCCACUCAACACGUGGCUCAAGGUCGGGGAGGGCCUUAAACUCCAGGUGGAGGUCGUCCAGCGACCAGAAACACGCGUGACAUGGUACCACAACAACAUGCCCAUCGAUAUAGAAGGUUCUGAAAGAUUUAAACUCAUGAUAAAAGAAAGAUGCUAUGAAAAUUGACCAAGGAGUCUUAGAGGAGACCUUGGUAGUUAGUUUCUAAAUGCGUUUCGAAAUUGGAUUGAGUGAAAGAAAGCCAUUGACCAAAGAUCGAGCUGAGCGCAUAAUGAACCGUUGAUAUAUAAGCCUGAAUUUCUUUAGUAUUUUGUUUAUUCUCGGACUAUUCAGUCGUCAUUAUAACGCAUUAACUGCCUAAAAUGUAACGUUUUUUAUUUUGUUGUUGAAGUAAAAAUUUUCAUGAAAAUGUCUUUUGUUUUCUUUGAGGAUAUGCUUUAAUUAAAAGAAAAUUGGAUAUGAAUUUAACUUCAAAAAUGAAACAUGUUACAAUGUUAGGCUAUUUUUAUACAGUAAAUAAUAUGUUUAUUUUAUGUUGAGUAAAUUGUAAUCAAUUAAUUGAGCGUUCUUCAUUGCAUUAAAAUGUCUAAUAAGGGAAACAUAUGUGUAGAAAUGUGUAGCGCAAAACAACUAAUUCGGUCAUAUUUGUAGUUAUAUUUCCCAAUUGUAUCUUUGUGCAAAACUAAGGCGGACAACAGCAUUUAACUUAAUUUAAGUUGUCUAUCUUGUGCUACAUGCGUCCAAUAUGGCGAACAUUAUGACUAGUGCGCAUGCGCAAAUCAUCUUUCGCAAUACUGCACGAACGAAACAGGACGCUUGUUUUCGAAAGUAAAGGACAAGGAUCGUCUCGUGCAAUAAGGACAUUACGUUUACAACUCGAUGUGAUCCAACCAGAUCAAACAACAUAGCAGUGUAUAUUUUGUAAAUAUUAUGAUGAUGACUUACUUUUGUCUUGAAUGAUUCCCACAAUACCGUGUUCCAAUAAUUCAUGACCAAAUUGUUUUUUCCUCUUAUUAUUCUUUAGUUGUUUUGAAUAAUUCCUGUGCGGGAUGUUGAAAUAAAAAUAUUGAAUGUG